UAUCCUAUACACUCUCGUCUAUAUAUACAGCCGCGCAGUAUUCAAAACCGGCAUUUAUUGCAACGCAGCCUCAUUAAUCGGUUAUUUUUGUGAUUAAGAAAUAAUAACAAGCUUUGAAUCGUCGUGUGCUAUCAGCUAGAAUUAAUGUUCAAUUUAAAACACCGCAGGGCAAUUAUGUAUAAUAUUUUACAAAACAACUGAAGUUGUUUUGAACAAACGUGCGGAGAAUAGCUGUACAGGACUAUUGCAGUUGGUAAUAAAAGGACAGAAAGUAGAUAUAACGUAUCGGGAUUUUGUAUUUGCAAAUUUGCCUUUCGUACUUCACUGAAAAUGAAGCCGAUGUUGGGGGCGGACGAGGAAUACCAAUGCGGCCUGGACGACGAGAGCCUCAAGAAGGCGUGCCGGGAGCUCAACGAGGACCCCAAAGAGCGCCUGGGCGCACUCGCCACCUUCCGGGAGUGGAUUGCCCAGCAGAAGUGGCUUAAAACGCCCACAGACGCUCGCUAUUUGCUGGGGUUCUUACGGGCCCGGAAGUUCAGUCAGUUAGGGGCCCGAGAGCUACUGGAGAACUACUGGACGAUAAGGACCAAGUAUUCCGAAUGGUACAACGGGGUGGACUCAGGGGAAGAAACUAUGCAGGAUAUACUGCAACAAGGCAUUUAUGUUCCAUUGCCUGGACGGGACAAACAAGGGAGAAAAAUCGUCAUUGUCCGAUUAGGUGAAAUGGACCCACGCGGCAAAAGGAACACGUUCGAUGACGUCAUGCGGGCAACCUUGGCGAUGUUCGAUUACAUCCUGCUGGACGAGAACAUUCAGGUGAACGGCUGGUGUUCAUCAUCGACCUGACCGGCUUCAGCAGACACCACUUUGUCUCUGCCGGCAUCGAGAACACCAAGCGAUGCAUGGUAGUUACUCAGAAAGCCCUUCCAGGCCGGAUAAAGGAACUCCAUUACUACAACCCUGGACCGAUUUUCGAAAGUAUCUUUAAUAUGAUACGACCCAUGAUGAGCGAUAAGCUGAAACAAAGGGUCCACGUGCAUGGUCAAAGUCUGACGUCAGUAUAUGAGAAGAUUGAGAUGUCGCUGCUACCCGAGGAUUACCUCCCUGAAGACGAGACCCCAAACGCGGGAUAUAUUGAGGACAUUUGUA